GUGGUUUGCCAAUUCAAGAUUUUCACCACUUCGAACACGAGAGAAAGACGAUCUGUUUUUACUUUUGAUGGAACUUAGAAGUUUGUCUUUGUGCAUGAAUGUGACUCAGGAAAAAGUUUUAAGAAUUCCAAUAGUCAGGAAGCUUAUUUGUAGUCAUAACUCAUAAUCAACAAAGUCAUCAGAUUUUCCUUUUCUUUUCUUUUCGUUUUUUUUUUUGGAUUUUCGAGGUCAUGUAUUAAAUGAUAAUUAACGUCUUAGAUUCGUCAUUUUUGGCGUAAAGAUAGCAUCAACUUCUGUCUUUAGAGUUCACCUUUUUCUGCUAUAUAUUAUUCUUAACAUCACCGAUUCAUAGUCUCGCUUUCAUUUUGGUUCGUCCCUAUUUUCACUGUCCUUUAGUGCCAAGAACUGGCACUAGGAGCAUCAGUAACUUAAAGGGCCUUGAAAUUCAAUUUCAUCUGUUUGAAAGUGAAUUUUUUUAAUGUGUAAACUUGAAGAUAGCAAUGAAAAGAUUGAAGUGAAGGAGGGGAAUUGGGUUACGAGGAUGAAGUUUUUGGGUGAAGUGAGAGUAGGAAAUACCAAGUUUUUUACAGCGUCUCAUGCUAAAUUGAAGCUAUGGAUUUUGAGGGCAAUCACUACUUUAUUGCUAUGGACUUGCAUUAUUCAAUUGGUGGCAUUAGGAGAGGUCUGGGGACCCAACUUGUUGAAGAGUUGGCCUUCUUGUUCCAAUCCUCCUGAUGCACACACACAGGCUAAUGUAUCUUUUCUGCGUCGAAAAGUGCAGCUUCCUCCAAAGAGGGUCUAUAAGAACAAUGGUUAUCUUCUUGUUUCUUGCAAUGGUGGACUCAAUCAAAUGCGAGCAGCUAUAUGUGACAUGGUUGCUAUUGCCAGACAUCUUAACGUUACUCUUAUUGUCCCCGAGUUGGAUAAAACUUCUUUUUGGGCUGAUCCGAGCAAUUUCCAGGACAUAUUUGAUGUCCAUCAUUUCAUUUCAUCUUUGAGGGAUGAGGUCCGGAUAUUGAAAGAGCUUCCACCGAGACUUAAACGAAAGGUUGAACUUGGAAUGUUUUAUGAGUUACCUCCUAUCAGUUGGUCAAAUAUAUCUUAUUACCAUCAACAGAUUCUUCCCCUUCUUAAAAGGCAUAAAGUCGUACGUCUGAAUAGAACUGAUGCUCGACUUGCUAAUAAUGAUUUACCAUUCGAGAUUCAGAAGCUGCGCUGUAGAGUUAAUUUUCAUUCUCUGAGAUUCACUGCCCGG